UUUAGAGAAAGCCAGUAAUGGGAACAUAAACAUAAGGACAACAAGGCUCCUCCUUACUAGUGAAAAGUUUGGUAGAUCAGAAAGGUUGUCCAGAUAGCAGACAGAAGCACAACACACAGGAAACUAAGUGAGAAGUUGCUUUUCCUCUGAACGUGUAGCCCAGCAGCAGUAGUUAGAAGGCUCAGGCAGAGAAUUAGCUGUCAUCCUUCUCUCCUCAUCUGUCCCUGCUGAGAACAGUGCAGAGGUCGUUGCUAGAGACGCCAAGACGAGCUGCAGCUGCACAGAUGUUCCGAAGAAAACGCAGCGUUUCUUUUGGAGGAUAUGGCUGGAUUGACAAAGCAAUGCUGGCCAGCCUGAAAGUCAACAGAAAACAAGAGCUAUUAAACUCUUCAGAAGCCACAGUGCCGGAUCGUCCAGUGUCACCACCAGCCACAGCACCACCAACCAUGAAGUCAGCAGAAUUCUUUGAGAUGCUGGAAAAAAUGCAGGCUCCAAAGCUGGAAGAGCAGAAGAGCCAGAAAAACAAGGUAGGAGUUGAAUUUCUAUCUUCGAAGGAUAACCAGAAAAAGGAUGACUAUAUACCAUAUCCCAGCAUUGAGGAGAUUUUAGAGAAGGAUACCGAAUAUCCUUUGGUUAUUCUGCCUCAGUUUGGUGGUUAUUGGAUCGAAGAUCCAGAAAACAUAUGCACUCCAACAUCAUCUGACAGCAGUAUUUGUGAUGAGGAGGAAGAACCCAUGAGCCCCAGCACAUACGGAUACAAACUAGAAUACAAGGGUUCUGCUCGGGCCUACAGAAAGCACUUCUUGGGAAAGGACCAUUUAAACUUUUAUUGCACUGGAAGCAGCCUAGGAAACUUGAUCCUUUCUAUAAAAUGUGAAGAAGCCGACAGCAUAGAAUAUUUAAGAAUUAUACUCAGGUCAAAAGCAAAAACUCUACAUGAACGAAUUCCACUGGCCGGAUUUAAUAAACUUCCCAGCAUCCCUCAGAUAGCAAAGGCCUUAUGUGACGAUGCUACCGGGCUUAAAUUCAAUCCAGUUCUUUAUCCAAAGGCAUCCCAUUUGAUUGUUGCAUAUGAUGAACAUGAAAUCAACAAUACUUUCAAGUUUGGUGUUAUAUAUCAAAAACUUAGACAAACGUUAGAAGAAGAAUUAUUCGGCAAUAAUGAAGAAAGUGCAGCUUUUAAAGAGUUCUUGGCUUUAUUGGGAGAUACUGUAUUACUACAGGACUUCAAAGGGUUCCGAGGAGGUUUGGAUGUAGCACAUGGGCAAACAGGGACAGAAUCUAUAUACACCGUAUUCAGAGAAAAGGAGAUCAUGUUUCAUGUAUCCACAAAGUUACCAUUUACAGAAGGAGAUACUCAGCAGCUGCAGAGGAAGAGACAUAUUGGUAAUGAUAUUGUGGCUAUUGUGUUUCAAGAAGAAAACACUCCCUUUGUCCCAGAUAUGAUUGCAUCAAACUUUCUUCAUGCGUACAUUGUGGUACAAGUCGAGAAUCCAGAGACGGACUAUACAACUUACAAGUUAUCAGUCACUGCACGAGAAGAUGUGCCAUCCUUUGGUCCUCCAAUCCCAAAUCCGCCAGUAUUUCAAAAAAACGCAGAGUUCCGAGAGUUUUUGCUGACCAAACUCAUUAAUGCUGAACAUGCUUGUUGCAAGUCUGACAAGUUUGCAAAGCUUGAGGACCGGACAAGAGCUGCUCUACUGGACAAUCUGCAUGAUGACCUUCAUGUGCACACACAGGCCAUGCUUGGUCUUGGGCCAGAAGAGGACAAACUGGAGAAUGGAGCUCAUGGAGGAUUCCUGGAGUCUUUUAAAAGAGCUAUCCGAGUUCGCAGCCAUUCCAUGGAAACCAUGGUGGGAAGCCAGAAAAAGCAUCAGUCAGGGGGAUUAUCUGGAAGUUUGAGUGGAGGCAUUGUGCAUACGGGUGCUGAAAUGACAAAAACCACCUUCUCUCCCCCAGCUAUUGGAACUAAGACACAGUCCAAAAGCCCAGUAAAACGGAGAUCAGGUCUUUUCCCUCGAUUGCACACAGGGCCUGAAACCCAAUUGGAGGGCCGGACUCGUUGUGAUAGCAUGUCCACCACUCCUAAAAUCCCAGACUGUGCACAUUCAUCGCAGGAUGUUAAAUCUGAAACCUCAUCAAAUCCCAGUUCUCCAGAGAUAUGUCCCAACAAGGAGAGACCCUACAUAAAACUGAAAGAGAAUGGCCGAUCCAAUAUUUCUCGCUCCUCGUCCAGUACAAGCAGUUUCAGCAGUACAGCUGGAGAAAGUGAGGCCAUGGAGGAGUAUGAGAGUGUGGGCAGCCAGCCACUGACCGCAUCACCCUGCAAACAGGAAGUGUUUGUCUACAGUCCGUCGCCUAGCCAAGAGAACCAUACUUCCUCUACCCCUGUAAUCAUGAGCAGGAGCCCCACAGAUAUAAAGAGUAGAAAUUCCCCAAGAUCCAACCUCAAAUUUCGUUUUGAUAAACUCAGCCAGUCAAGUUCCGGCUCCAGUACAUGAGUCAAGACUAGUCAAACUUUAACUACCAUCUUGAGAACUCACCUGGAAGGGUAUGCUCACUCCACGAAUAGUUACUGCCACAACGCAUUCAAGGAAAUGUUCAAUUAUUGCGCUGUUCCCCACAAAUCAAUGAAAGAACUGUCAUCUUAGUGCACUCUUUGUGUCCACACUUGUCUUGUGAACGGAGUCUUGUCUGAUAGUGGACCUAACUCUUUUUCAUUUCAGUCUUUUAUUUUGUCUAAAGCAAAAAGCAUUUUUUACUUGAUACAUCCUACUUACUUGCACAGUCUUUUUAUUCAGGUGCAAUGAUCUCCGAAUGCACCGGUUUGUUGUAUUUAUCAGGAAAGAUUACUGGAAUUCUCACCACAAUCCUAGGCAUCCCACCUAGAAGUGGUGCUUCAUAUUUAAUUCAGUGAUAUUACCAAAUGCUGCUUUUUCAUCUUCCAGGAUAUGUUGAAAUCUUCCUGAGGCUUGCACAGUCCCCUUCAUUGCUGCCAUACCAUAACGCUUUGUCUACAGUACUACUUCAAACAUGGCUGUACAAUAGUCACUGUCCACAAAACAUAUGUGCAAAAACUUUCUAAUGUUCUAGUAGUUUGAACAAUUAAUUCAGCUUAAAUGUUACUUACGAACCAUGAAUUCCCAUUGUGCUGAGUAUGUCAAAGCAGCAAUAGAGCUUCCAGACCAUAGUAUACUAAAUAUUGUUGCCAUUUCUUGGUGAUUUUAGGGAGGAACCCUAUAUGUAUUUAAAGUGGUUUUCUAAAACGAAUGCUCUAAAUUCAUUGACUUCCAUAGAGACUGUACUGAGAAUGUUUUUUAGGGUAGGUUCCGCAUAAGAUAGAGCUGUACAGAAAUCUGUGGUAGCAUCACCAUUUAUAUCCAGUCCAUCUCAGCAUGGUUAAUUUCAGAAAAGAUUUAUGAUCUAAAAAACAUUGUAUGCUCAGCCAUGGAACCUUAAAGAGCUGUUGACUUUAGCUCUCUUUAUUCAACCUCUGUAACCAUUGUACAGAAAUUUAGAAUGGAUGUAAAUGUAAAUGUCCAGCUUUGUUUACCUAAGCUACAUGCAGAUGCUCAACUUAUUGCCCGCAAUGACAACAUCAAGGAGAACCAAAUAAGGCUUUCUUCCUCUAUAAAAUUUGUAAAUAGCCAACAAGAUGUCAUGGGGCAGUAGGCCAUCUCAGUUGGACUAUAGGUAAGGGGGAUCUUCAACAAGUGGCAUUGUGAAUCUAAGAGAAAGUUUAUCACAGUAAGCAGCACAUACACAUUUAUGUACAUGUUUUCCUAGUCUCUGUACAAUGGUUAAAUCAUUUUAACUAAAGCUUAUAUUUAUUAUUUGCUCUUGGUGAUCACUGCUGCUGUUUAAUGGGCAUUUAUUUAUAGUGGUUUACAAGUAAUGUGCAUGGUGAGUGCCAUCCCCACACAGGGUGCCUCUAAUGUGUUUUAUGGGUCUCCAGGUCAUUUACAGCAUACAUUCUGUUGAAUAGUAUUUUGGAACUACUAUUUUCUAGGGUCCCAGAAAAAUUACAUAUUGACAACAGGGGUCAAUAAAAUAGGUUGGAGUCUCAGCAUUAAUAAUAUACCUCCUGGUUUAAAAGACUGAACACACGGUACAGUGAUACCUAUCAGUAUGUGUAUAGUGUGACGUGUUUGUUGUCAUUCUGUUAUAAAAUAUAUUUUCAAAAAAGAAAAUGAACAUAUAUAACAGUGAAUAUAGCUUGUUUACAGAAGGACAUUAGGAAUAAGUAAAAUAAUCAGGGAAAUGUGGAGUGACAAUGGCUAGAAAGUGAUUAUUUCUAUAUUAGACUGUUACCAAAGUUUUACGUUCUGCUGUGUCAUGUCUAUAAAACCCAGACAAAAAAGUUGUAAUUUCCAUAACAUCACUCUGAUUACAGCUUAUAUUUAAAAGAUAGAAAUUAAUUACCUGAUUGUUUAGUGGGUAACGCCUAUGUCUUUUUUUUUCUUUUAUGCUUUAUUUUUUUAUAUUGUUGUAUUUCCAUAGGUAGAAGUCCAACCUUAGGUGAUACUUGGUAAUCAAAAAUUCACAAUGUUUUUAUGCUUUAAUGAUAGAGGAGUACAUGGCAUGGGUUAAUAAAGAAUGCCUUCUGCCCCUAGAUUCAGGUGAGGGAAUUUGCUAAAAGCCAAAAAUUAGAACAUAAGCUCUCAUGAACAGGACCCUUCUAACUCCCUUUGUCCUGAAUUGUAUUGUAACUGUACUGACUCCCUUAUAUAGUAAAGCACUGCACAAACUGUUAGCACUAUAUGAAUUCUGUAUAGUAUUAAAAAUAAAAAUAAUAUUGAUACUAAUUACAAUAAGUAAGCACCCUUAAAAAAAAAAAA